AGCGCCUCGGUUGGCAAGGACCGCAUCAGCGCCCUCCCCGACGAGCUCCUCCAGCAUGUGAUGUCCUUCUUGCUCUCCCGCAACGCCGUGCGCACGUGCGUGCUCGCUAGGCGCUGGAGCACGCUCUGGAAGUCCGUGCCUGCCCUACGCAUCGAGGAUGACCUUGUGACUGACUCCAACAAGUUCGUGGAUGAGCUGCUGCGUCUCCGUGACCCAGUGCCAUUGAACGUAUGUGACAUCUGUUAUGUGUCCGAGGAUUCGGAUACAGAGGAUCCUGAAACUUUUUGCGAGGAGGCAUACAAUCGCAUUGCGCCAUGCCUUCGGUAUGCUUUGUUGCAUCAAGUUCGGGUGCUACGAGUCUCUGCUCCUGUCUUCCCAACCGACCUGGUUCUCGUCUCUUCACACCUGAAGAGGGUAGAGCUUUGUCAUAUGCAGUUUGAAGACUCUCUGGAUUUUUCGAGCUGCCAGGUGUUAGAUGCGUUAGAGAUGACAGAUUGUAACAUCUAUGCGCCUAUCUUUUGCCAGUCAUUACGACACCUUAACAUGAAAGGCGGAUGUUUUGACAAUGAAAUCCGCUAUCAUAUUUCUGCCCCAAAUCUCGUUAGCUUGAAACUAGCUCCAGAGUCGGGCCUGACUCCAUUGCUUGAUAGCAUGCCAUCACUGGUAACAGCAUCUGUUGAAUCUUCCGAAGAGGAGUUUCAUCACUGUUUUGCUUUGCUAUCAUGUGAGGAUGGAUGCACUAGGGAAGAAACAUUUUCUGUGGUUUUGGAAGGCUUGUCUGCUGCUACAAACUUAGAGUUAACAAGUGAUGAUCUGGUAUGCUCCCACUUCUGCUGA